CGUCACUUCUGACGUAACGUCUCCGUUCCCUACUCAGGGAACGAGGGUUACAUACGUAACCGAGACGAUUUUGGGGAAGUGAUUUCUGCUCAGUUACAUCACUUUGCGGAUGCAUGUGAGAGCGGCUAUGGAACAGUGACUUACUUAUUAUUAAACAACAUAGAGAGAAAAGUUCACUGUACUUUCAUAAUGGGAAAGGCCAGAGUGGCUCCAUUAAAAACAAUUACCAUCCCUCGUAUGGAGUUGACGGCUGCCAUGGUUGCAGGUCGAAUGGAUGAGCUCUGGAGGAAGGAGCUACAGAUGGAACUUCAAGACUCAAUUUUUGGACAGACAGUACUUCCGUACUGAAGUACAUCAGCAAUGAGACCUCAAGGUUUCGUAGCUUUGUAGCCAAUCGGGUUUCAAAGAUACUGAGUGUAUCUAAUCCAUCUCAAUGGAGAUAUGUUAACACCACAGAUAAUCCUGCUGAUUUAGCCUCUAGGGGAGUAAAGGUGACAUCACUUCUUAGAGAUAACAUAUGGGUGUCUGGACCUCAGUUUCUGGUUGGGCCUGAAGAGAGCUCGCCUGAAAACCCGGAUGGCCAUGUGAGAAUUCCACCAGAUGACCCUGAGGUUAAGAGGGUCUUGAUUGUGAAUGCUGUGCAGGCUGAAGAGAAGAUCGAUGCAGUCACUCGCUUGAUUAACUACUUCUCCUCUUGGAUCCUUCUGAAGAAGAUGGUUGGUUGGAUCCUUAAGCUGAAGAGUCUACUACUGUACUUUAGUCAGAAAAGGAAGCAACUGAGUAUGACUCUUGCUCAUUCUGGCUUGGAUAAUUCUUUCAAUUGAGGAACUUAGAAAGGCUGAGAUGGAGAUUAUUAAGUUUUGCCAGAGAAGUAGGUUUCCUGGGGAAUUCAACAGUCUGCGAAAGGGCGAAAGUGUGAAAAGGACUAGUCACAUUUACAAACUCAACCCAAUACUUGAAGACGGUGUUUUGAGAGUUGGAGGACGACUUAGCAGAGCAGCUAUGCCGGAAGAAGCUAAGCAUCCUGCCAUAUUGGCAAAGGAUUUACACAUUUCCAACAUAAUUCUUCAGCACAUACAUCAAGAGGUGGGACACAGUGGUCGUAACCAUAUGCUGGCUUGUCUGCGCCAAAGGUAUUGGAUCCCUGGGGCUAGUGUGGCUAUAAGAAAAAUCCUGUCUAAAUGUAUUGUCUGUCGACGACUGCAUGCAGCUCCAGGCCAACAACAGAUGGCAGAUUUACCUCAGGACAGAGUUUCAUCAGAUGAACCUCCAUUCACUCGGGUCGGAGUUGAUUACUUCGGACCUUUUGAAGUUAAGCGAGGAAGGAGUAUAUUGAAGUGGUAUGGGGUUCUCUUCACAUGCCUUUCCAUAAGAGCGAUCCACAUAGAAGUUGCAUCAUCCUUGGACACAGAUUCUUUUAUCAAUGCUCUUCGACGCUUUACAGCAAGACGUGGACAAGUAUUGGAACUGCGUUCAGACAAUGGAACCAACUUUGUUGGUGCCGAGAGAGAAUUGAGAGAGGCAAUGGAAAGUUGGAAUCAUACUCUAAUUAAUAACACCCUCCUUCAAAAGGGAAUUAAUUGGGUUUUCAACCCCCCCACAGGGUCACAUCAUGGCGGGGUUUGGGAAAGGUUGAUAAGAUCUGUGAGGAAGGUCCUGAAUUCCACCCUGAAGUUGCAGACCCUUGAUGAGGAGAGUCUUCACACAGUUCUGUGUGAAGCAGAAGCUAUUAUCAACAGCCGUCCUAUUACCAAGGCAUCCACUGAUCCCAAUGAUUUGGAACCAUUAACCCCUAACCAUCUGUUGCUGCUCAAGAUCAUGCCAUCUUUACCACCGGGUCAGUUCAAAAAGGAGGACAUCUACGCUCGUCGCAGAUGGAAACAAGUUCAGUAUAUAUCUGACUUGUUCUGGAAACGUUGGAUUAAGGAAUACUUGCCUCUUCUUCAGGAGCGUCAGAAGUGGUCUGGUGUCAAGCGCAACUUCCAAAAUGGAGAUAUUGUACUCAUAGUUGACGACUCAGCACCUCGCAACUCAUGGCUUACAGGAAGGAUUGUGCAAAAUCUCCCUGACAGAAGAGGACUUGUUCGUCAAGUGCGAAUUAGGACGAAGACCAGUUAUUUGGAUAGGCCUAUCACCAAGAUUUGCCUUCUACAGGAAGCAGAGGAGCCAUGAGGAUAUCCAGCUGACCUUCGAACUUCUUAGACUUUGACUUUAAUCUUGACAUUAUUAUAUAGACCUUUUUUCAUUACACGAUUAAGUGAUUGUGAAGAUCACUUUUUACAAAGACAAAGGACUCUGUUUCUUGUUUGAUCUAAAGAAGAAAAGACACUUUCGAAGGGACUGUUUUAUGUUAAAAAA